AUGUCCUCGGUAAAUAAUCUGCUAUUUAAACAAAUAUAUUGUAGAGUUCUUUGCUUGAAAAGAGGGGAAGAUUUGGAAACCCUUGAGAAUGUAGGAAGCAGUGUGACAACGAAGAUUCCAAAGGUAUGUCUGGGCUACUUAAAAGGAAGUUGGUUUGAACAAAGGCCAUUUGUUAAAAGACGACUUGCAAAAGAUAAGGUUGUCACACAGCCCUUUUCCAAGCAACAAGGAGAAUUAGGUAGGAAGAUUGUUAGAUGGAAGCAUAAACAGGUCCUUUCAUUGACCCAAGUACAUGGCAAUUUUCUAGUGUACUAG